GGUAGCUUCAUUCCUUUUCAAUCGGUUGGUUGAAUUGGACGUGCCCAGUUGAUUCUCUUCGUAUUGUGGUGAAUUCAUACUAAGUGAAAAAAAAAAAGCUCAGAGUCAGGCCAGGUCUGAGAAAAUUGAAAGUCACAGCCGUACGCCAUCUUCGUUGAAACGCCGCCGCCCAUUCUGCAUCGACGACGUUCGCUCGUAUUCGACGUAAUCGCAAUCGACGUAACCGACGUAUAUCAACGCAUCUUCGACAUCCACGCAAGGCACGCACACUCGUCGAUUGAACGGUUUGAACAGUGAUAAUGAGCGAAGAGAAGGGCACAAGAGUCUACGUCGGCAACCUCACCGACAAAGUGAAGAAGGAAGAUCUCGAGGGAGAAUUCACCAAAUACGGUAAAUUGAACUCUGUUUGGGUAGCUUUCAAUCCACCAGGUUUCGCUUUCAUUGAGUUCGAAAACAAAGAGGAGGCCGAAUCGGCAUGUGACAACCUGAACGGCCAGGAUAUCCUCGGCUCCAAGCUUCGUGUUGAGAUCUCCAAGGGACGCCGGAAUCCGCGUGGUGGCCCUCGAGGAUUCCGUGGUCCACCAGGGCGAUCCGGCAGCAGCGGCGGUUUCCGUUCCAGCUCUCGUGGUGGUUUCCGUGACGGCGGUGGCUACCGCAACGGCGGGAGCAGCGGAGGUUUCCGCGGUGCAAGCCGCAGCGGAAGCCGCUUCGAUAGCUACGGAAGCAGUCGCUCUAGCGGCGGAUCUGGGGGCUACAGUCGCGAUUCGGGUCGUGAUAGCUACAGCAGUGGCUUCGGAAGCGGCUACGGCGGCGGUCGAAGCAGUGGCGGCGGCGGCGGACGAUUCCGAUCAAGAUCACCAGUUGGCGCCCGCGGUAGAUAUUAAGUGACUAGCAUUUAAGCUGAUUGAGCGGCUGUCCCUUGUUCUAUGCGGCGUAUAAUUUCCUCCCAAGAGAUGGACGUCAUAUACGACUUCAACCAUGGGUGCAGUUGUCCGUGCACGGUCUUAUUUAUUGUACUGGGAAUGAUUUAAUAUUUUCACUUGCUCUAUGGCGAUAGAGAAUUUAUUUAGCACUUGCAAAUUUCUCACUUUAAAAGCUGUAGAUGAAUUAGUCAUCACUUAACUAUGAUUGAAUAGCUUUUAGAAAAAAUGUUUAGACAGCGAAGAAAAACGUCAUUUUCGAAAGGGAGCAUAUUUUGAGAUUCGCCAAAAACAAAAUCAGAAGUCUAUUUUGUACUGUUUUAUAUGUGUUUUAAUAUAUAAAAUAGGAAAGUCUUAGCGAUUAAUUGUCCAUGUGACUGAAAUCGUUACCCAAUUUAUGUUGAUAAAAUAAACGUGUAUAAAUCGGCAAAUAAAAUAUACCCGAGCAAAAUAAACAUCUACUGAAAGGACGAAAAACAGUGAAACGACGCCAAAAUUACUUCAUUCGAAAAUAAAGUCCAACUAAACAUGUGGUGCAAUAUCUUCUGGAGAAGUGAAGUGAGAUGGAUCGAGAUUGUCAUGAUACGGUAGAAGAAAGGAAAAUCGUCGCUCUCUCCCGUUCAGUAGUAUGGUCAAAUAAAGCACGAUGAAUUCCCAAUGUGGUGUGUCAAACCUAACGAGAACACCUCUCCUAACACAUGAAAAUGAAACCAUUUUAUUUGAGUUAAUUUUAGAGGAUGUAUGAAAAAUAAAUCCAUAUAAUAUCACUAAAUACGUUAA